AUCUUUCAGAUAACUUACCGUUAGGUUGAUUGCAGCAAAUCUCGCUUUUCUGAAAAAUACCUCUGAUUAAGGAAAAGAAGUUCUUCCAUUUAUAAUCGUGAAAGUUGAUACAUCAGUGUAAUGUCUAUUUCAGCGAUGAACAAACUAGACUUUCAAGAACUUCUGGGUGAAAAGGAAUGGAUUUUUGAAGAUAUUAUCGGCAAAGGACGUUACGGUUCUGUUGUGAAAGCGAAAGAAGUCCUCACCAGUGAACAGUUCGCGAUUAAAGUCGUCGAAUACGAAUCCAAUGACCAAAGAAAAUAUCGUUCGCGAGAGUUGAGUUUGUUGGUGAUGAAUACAUCUAAGCACAAAGAGAACGUUAUGCAGUAUUACUAUGCGUGGAAGAAAAAAUAUAUUGAUAAUGAAUUUCUUGUUAUUAAAAUGGAACUGUGCUACCGUAGUCUUGAUGUUUACAUGAAAGAGAUGAGCCGUGAGGAAACCCAAGCUGGUGUUCCGCCAUGCAUCUCAAUCGUAAAGGACGCGAACUUGUAUAAGUUUGUCUUCCCUCAAAUACUGAAUGGUCUUGAUGGCAUUCACACGAUGAAACCAAGAUGGAUUCAUCGUGAUAUCACCCUGGCAAAUAUUCUUGUGCAACUUCCAUGCCCCAAGUUAAUUCGGGAAAUUCAAAUCAAGAUUGGUGAUUUUGGUCUGGCCAGGGAACUGCCAGUGGGAGCCGGUGUUCAUCUCAGUGAUCAAGCGAAGCUAGACGCCAUACGUAAAGAUUCGGCUGAAAGAACUCUCUACCAAGCUCCUGAAUUGUCUGGACAUAGUUAUUGUGAAAAGGUGGAUAUGUACAGUGCUGGUAUUGUGUUGUACCUCCUGACCUCGUGUCCUGAAAACCAAAGCGAAAACCAAUGGCCGUCUGACGUCGAAAUGAAAGCAUUAAGAGAUGGCCAGCGUGAUAGAAGUGAUCUUUGUCAUGAUGAUGAAGUACUUGCCGAACUGCUGUUCUCGUCGUCAAGUAGUCUUCUGCACAAAAAUCCAAAGCAACGACCGAGCGCUAGAGAGGCUUUGUGCAAGCUUCCGCUUCAACGAAACAAGGAUGGGGAUUUUGACGAGGACGGUGAGAUUUCCUUUCAAGCAACCAUCAAUUUAUUGUCAGAAAAAUUUACGGUGAUUAACAAGUCACUCGGUAGGGGAUCUUAUGCAAGAGUGGUUUCGGCUGAACUUAGAACUGACAAAAAACAGUACGCGGUGAAAAUCAUUAGGCGUAAAGACGUUCCGGAAAAGUAUAAGAAACGAGAACUGAGUAUUCUUUCCGAACAAGUAAAGUCUUCCACUAGCCAUAACAAUAUCGUGCGAUACUACCACUCGUGGGAAGAAACAGUCAAUGGCCGCUCCAUUUUUUUUAUUCAAAUGGAACUUUGUGACAAGGAUCUUCGAUCGAUUUUGCAAGAAAAACCGCACAUCGUCGACAACGAACUACUCCAUAAACAUGUUUUCGAGCAAAUUCUCCGAGCCUUGAUUUACAUUCAUGACAAGGAUUUCGUUCAUCGGGAUAUUUAUCCACCAAACAUCCUGGUAUGCACACCUUGUGAGAAAACUAUAGAAACCUGGGUAGUCAAACUGGCAGAUUUUGGUCUAGCAAGAAUGAUUGAUCAACCUUCCCAGUCCAGUCCCGAUGAACGCGAAGAGAAACUGUCAUCCAGUGCAGGAAACCGCUAUUAUCGUGCACCAGAGAUGUGGAAAGGUAGUUAUGGUAAAAAGGUUGAUAUAUACAGUGCAGGUGUUGUCCUAUACAGAUUGUCUUGCUGUUUAAAAGAUGACAAAGAGAUAGAGGAUGCCCUUUUGAAGUUGCAGGGAGAGAAAAUGGUGGAUAGAAACAUCUUGAGUGUUGGUGGUGAUAGGCUUUACGACCUCCUGAACAGCCUUGUAGAAGAAAAACCAGAGAAGCGUCCUGAUGCUAAAGAAGCUAAACAAAAGUUUAAAGAAUACCUUUCCAACAAAAACCCUAACCCCAGCAAGAGAAAAGAAGAAAAACAAGAGAAGCGUCCUACUGCUAAAGAAGCUGAACAAAACCCCGACCCUAACCCUAACCCCAACCCUAACCCUUCUCUUCCUCCCAUUGAUGUUUUAUCACUGGACAAUGUUAGUCAUACAAAAGGUGAACCCACGCAACCAGUUGAAAAUCAACGUGACGAUAAUGUAUCACAGGAUGAAACUGAUAGUCAACCAGAUCACAUUCCUGCCACGACUACGGGACGUGUUCAAUUUGAAGAUGAUGAUUUUGAAGAUGGGUUACGCUAAUAUAUAGACCAUGACGCAUGCAUGCAUGGCUUUUAACGGCAGAAAUAAUGACAUGAGAAUCUUUAGUUUAAAGAACAAAGAUAAGGAACACGUAAUCAGUUGAAGGUCUUAACAUUGAACGUUUAAAAAAUCUUUUAAAAACACGUAGAUUAAGUAGACCUAAAUAUUCAUGCGAUCUUUUUUAUAAUAGUGAUUUUUGUUCACAUUUUGCAUGUACUGUAUUGCUUCUGGCAAGUCUAGGAAUAGUUUUAAAACUUUUUAGAACACGUUCUGCAUGGUGCUAUUAAAGAUUUUUUGUGAUCUUCACCAAGUAAUUUAUUCCAGGCUUUAGGCCUGCGAGUCCGGGUCAUCUCAGAGAACCUUAAAUACAAAAGUAUUCAAAGUAAAAAUAAAUAACUUGCAUGAUGAAGAUCUUAAAAAGCUAGUUUUAAACUUUUUUGGCAACUUUGUAGAUGUUUAUAUCAUAGUAUAAAGAGUUAAAUAUUACCAACUCCUUUAGCCAGA